UAAAGCGGGGUGCCGUAUUGCAGUUGGGUGUUGUUGUGAGGAGCUGAACUAGCAGGAUGCGGAUAUUUAGAUUAAAUAUUUUGGCUUUUUUUUUACUUUUUGUGGUACAGUAUAACACAUUUGCUCUUCAGGAUGUAACGACCGACCUUUUCGGUGCCGAAAAUUACGGGACGGUUGCAGCAUUUGGAGAUUUUAACUCGGAUAAACAAACAGACAUCUUCAUUAUCAGAAAGCAGUCUGAACUGGUGAUAUUCUUGGCUGACUCGAAAACACCUUACUUCAAGCCUAAAGUCCAGAAAAUUAAAGAUGUUUUGCCAAGCGACACCAUCGUCACCAGUGUGGUUCCUGGAGACUAUGAUGGAGACUCCCAGAUGGAUGUCCUUGUUACAACUCAGAUCAAGCCAGAGGCACCAACAUCUGUUUUUAUCUUUUGGGGGAACAACCAGACAUUAGAUAUAGGCGGUUGGCUCAGGCUGAACAAGAACUUCACAGAUCAACCUCUUGUUAUGGAUUUCAAUGGGGACAUGAUACCAGAUAUUUUUGGCAUGACCAAUAAGCUAUCUACUGAAGUCUGCUAUCUCACCAACAGGAUUCCAAUGUGGCAGAAUGCACUGAGUUCACCUCUCAGCAUGCGCAUCCCUCACUCUAAUGCUUUCAUUGACCUCAACAAGGACUUCACUGCUGAUUUAUUCCUGACAACAGAAGGCCCAAAUUUCGAGACUUGGAUCAGCAAGGACGGGAACUUCACCAAAGCUGACGUCAUGCCAGCAGAGCCACCAGCCAGCUUUGUUGGACAGUCCUCCUUCGUUGACUUCGAUGGUGAUGGCUACCAGGACCACCUCCUCCCUGUGUGUUUGGAUAAAAGCUGUCAAAACAGUGCCAUCUAUUUGGCCAAGCCAAGCCAGUCAGAAAAGUGGGUACCAGUACUAUCGGAUUUCAAGUGGAGGGAAACAGUUUGGAGUUUUGUGCCAGGGAAACCCAGCCAACCCCUGGCCCUGCACCUUGGUGACUACAACCUAGACGGCUUCCCUGAUGCCCUGGUGAUCCUCCGCAACACCAGCAGCAGUGGUCAGCAGCAGGCCUUCCUAUUAGAGAACGUGCCCUGUAACAACGCCAGCUGCAAAAGUGUAGGAAGAAUGUUCCGCAUCCACUGGGACCAGUCAGAUUUGGGAGCCAUCCAAAAUGCCAUUAUGGCAACGUUCUUUGAUAUCUACGAGGAUGGUAUAUUAGACAUGCUGGUUCUGAGCCAGGCAGCGGGCAAAAAUGACUCGAUCAUCCAUGCUUUAAAGAACAAUUUUGAAGCUGAUGCCUACUUCGUUAAAGUGAUGGUGCUCAGCGGCCUCUGCUCCAAUGACUGUCCAGAAGAUGUGAAGCCUUUUGGUGUUAACCAGCCAGGUCCCUAUGUGAUGUACACCACAGUGGACUCCAAUGGCUACCUGAAAAAUGCCUCAGCCGGUCAGUUGAGCCAGUCGGCUCACUUCUCCCUCCAGCUGCCCUACACUGUGCUGGGCCUCGGACGCAGCGCUAACUUCCUGGAUCACCUUUUUGUCGGUAUCCCCCGGCAGCCUGGAGAGACGGACAUAAGGAAGCAGGAGUGGACGGCCAUCAUUCCCAACUCUCAGCUCAUUGUCAUCCCCUUCCCACACAAUAAACCCCGCAGUUGGAGUGCUAAACUGUACCUGACUCCUAGCAACAGUGUGCUGCUGACGGCCAUCGCACUGAUCGGGGUGUGCGUCUUCAUCCUCGUCAUUAUUGGCAUCCUCCAUUGGCAAGAGAAGAAAGCGGACGACCGAGAGAAGAGGCAGGAAGCCCACCGUUUCCAUUUCGACGCCAUGUGAAGGAAAAAAAACUGCAUCAUGGGAGAACAUCCCCCCAUGUUCUCCUCCACCCCCCACCCCACCCCCACCCUACCCAUUCCACACACACACACACACUUUUUCACGCAGACUCAUUUCAAGGGCCAAUAAAUGGAUCCUCAUUUGCACCAAAAUGUUUCUUUUUGAUAUUUUUCAGUCCUCAAGUCAGAUGUGAAAUAUUUAUGUUCCAUUUCAUUUAUUCAUUCCAGUGUUAGAAGUACAGGAGCUGCAACAAGGCCAUGGAGACACAGAGAGAAAUCCUAAUGGAGAUCACUCACAAGUUUAAAGCAGGGAUUUCUUUGGACUGGCUGUAGUCAGCAGCACGAUCAUCAGUGGUGUUAUGAGAGUAUUUUGACAAAAUGACAGAUUUCUGUUGAAACGCCCAACAAGUUACUCCAUUAGUGUCAUCCGUUUGUUUAUAUUCGUACACUGGAAGGGAAGCACCUUUGGCACAAAGUGUUGAAAUGUGUAAUGUUACUUGAAACCAGUGUGUGUGUUACUGUCUCAUUGAUUCACCUCCGUCUUUUUCAUUUUACUAAGACAUUGUAAAGAAAUCCGUGAAUUGAAAUCUGUGAUAUCAAUCUCAGCUUCGCAACUGCAGCAGCAUGAACAAAAAUGGACACAUGAUUUUUCUGCUACCAAUCUCGCCGAAAAAAAAAAAGACGAAUAGCCGUCAGGUUUGUGGAGCACAAAUUCAUCUUUUUUCACACUUGAUUGUAUCACAGUGCAUCAUGGGAGUGCCAAAAGAAGAGUCUCUGUGUUGCAUCCUCCAAAUAUCUAAUGCUACUGCAUCAGCAAGUCUAAACACUGUAACUCCUGCUUGUUUCAAGAUGUCGGCUUAAUUCUCAUUGUCCAUUUCAAAGGUAAUUGGGCCGACCGCUCUGAUGUGUUCAGAUAUUUAUCUCACAAGAAUGAGCUCAUGCCUUUCCAAGUGGUUUGCACUUUUUUAACUAAUGAUUAACUGUGGAUGUGUGUAAUUUAUUUUGUUUUGUGGAUUUGAUUUGCAAAUGAAUGUUGAAGCUACUAAAUGUGUUUAUUUACUGAGGCUGAGAAUAAAGGUUUUUCCUGUUUAAAUCAA